UCACAGACAGACAUACAGAAUCCUAAGGAUAAGAGAGAGAGGUAUGGGUGGGUCUGAGGAAUCGAAGUCAAGAUGGGAAGGUGAAACUUCAAUUGAAGUAGAAGGCAUGAGUGCAGAACAAGUGUGGCCUCUGUUGGAAGACUUCUGUAGCAUACACAAGUGGCUCCCAAUAGAAACUUGUUUCCAAGUAGAGGGGACUUAUGGGCAACCUGGUCUCAUCCGAUACUGUGCCAUGAACAUGAACACAGCAGAUGAUGAGCCAACAUUGAUGUGGGCCAAAGAGAAGCUACUCCACAUAGAUCCUAUCCAACGCUCUUUGAUAUACGAGGUUGUGGACAGCAACAUGGGAUUCAAUUCAUAUGUCGCCACUAUCCAAGUAUUCCCCGUACCUAAACCUACAACUUGUAAGAUCCAAUGGUCUUUUGUUUGUCAUCCAAUGGAAAUGUUCACUUUUGAAGCCUUUUUCUCUUUGAUUCGGUCUUUUAUUCACUCCAUGGCCAAGAACAUGGAGCUAGCAGCAUCUUCUCACGAUAAAUCUGCUUGAUUUAGAAUUUAUUUGAAAGUAAGUUUAGAAAUAUAUUUGAGUAUUUCUCUGAUGGAAAAUAUUUUUUAUUUUUCAACUGAGAAACUCUCGUAUACAUUUCUAACUUGAAUCUAAUAAGUCUCUUAGUUAAUUUCAUGUAGUUGUGGUUGUGGGAAGAUUUUUAUCUGAAACAAUUAUUUUAUUUUACACGGGUUCACCUUACGUGAUGUUUGUAUUUACGUGUGGUAUAUAUAUUUGUAUGUUUUAUGUAUUGUUACAAUUAUGUAAGAUGUGAAUAUUUAUGUUGAGUUGAUUAAUUCAGAAAUUGAUUUGCUUUAAUAUA